UUGCUACAGGUCACCGGUAUCUGUCAGAUAUGGGGGCUCGCGUUGCGCGUAUGUUCAGAAAUUUCAACCUGGAAAACCGGGUCCACCGGGAAAUCUCAAAGGAGAAGCCGAGGGCAGCACCCCGGUAUGCGGCUCACAGUGACCCGGGCUCCGACGGCGGCCUCAGAGAGGCGAAUACGGGCGUCCUCCACCAGAAGAACGACCCUUUGCUCAAACACCUGAAGUCCGUGUACGUGGAUUCCACAGACCCGGCAGAGGUCAGACCGGGACCGGGGUCAGAGAUAUCAAAGAGCGCAUCGGAGGGUGAGGAAGCAGAGCGGCGGCCCCUGAGGUUCAGUUUACCAGGGCCCAGUUUAGGCCUUGUGGAGCUGACAGACGUCCCUAAAGGCAAACUGACCAUCGCUGAGGCCCUGAAGGCUCUGAACAGCCACCGGCAGCACCCGCAGACGUGGACGCCACAGAAGAUCGCUCAGGAAUACGCUCUGGACUUAAAAGACACAAAGGCUCUUCUAGAGUUCUUCAUCCCCUUCCAGGUUCAUAUCUUACCACCUACGAGUGGAAAAACCAAGCAGAUAAAGGCUUCUUAGCACCGGUUUGAUUGUGUAAGGGUGUUUAUUUAUGCAUGUUUAGAAACUGCAAGAGGAGAGAAAACUCAGUAAACUGUUAACUAUAAAAACUGUUUUUAGGCUGAUAUUUAUCUUUACUAGAUUCCAAAGAAGUACAAACUCUUAUGAAAACCAGAAUCUAGGAGAUAUUUCAGGUCUUGAAGUUUCACAGGAAUUCCAAAACAUUGCAAGAAAUAGGUAGUUGCAGAUUUUUGGAAUUACAAAAUUUGUUGCUGAACAUGACAUGAGAGACUGACCUAAAGUUGGGGAGUAGGUAUCCUAGCCUAGCCUAGCCUAGCUUAGCUUAGCAUAAUGAUUCCGAACCAGAGGAAAGCUAGCAUCACUCUGACAAUAGUUUAAAGUAAAAGAAGUGAAUCACAUGAUUAGUUUAGUAUAAAAACUGGAACCAGUGAAAGCCUGACCUGUUCAGAAGGUUAAUAUACACCUUACUGCCUUUAGUAAAUUAGGUCAAAAAUAUUAAAGUCAGGUAAAAAUAGCCCCAUUUGUCAAAACUUAAAGUUCACCUACUAGCUGAGUUAAUGAGAACUCUUAGCUUAGCAUUAAGACAAUUGCCUCAAUCAGUCAAAAGUUUAAACUGCACCUAUUAGACAAAUUUCUGGUUUAACAUAAAAUCUGACAGCAGGAGGAAAUGGUUUACGUGGUUCCACCUAAGGGUAAAAAACACAACUAGCUAUUGUGAUGCUGACCAAUUUAUUUACAAGUCGUGUCCUGUUAAAUGUGUCAGCAGAAAGGUAUUUAUUGACGACAGCUGGGUGCUGAUAUUUUCUCUCCCUCUAUUUUUACUGGUGCCAGGGUUUUACCUCAGUCAAGUUAGAGACACUGACGUUGAAGGGGUGAAUAAGAAAGUGUCAGAACUU